UUUGAAAAUCAGGACAGGAAGAACAGGAUCUAAGAAGACUGUGAAGAGUGCUGAGAGGCACUUGCGAUCCAGUCACAUAAGUGUGAUAAAGAAAUAUUGGUCCUCAUGGAAGAAGAACAAGAUUUACCAGAGCAACCAGUUAAAAAAGCUAAGAUGCAGGAAUCGGGAGAGCAAACUAUAAGUCAAGUAAGCAACCCCGAAGUCAAUGAUCAGAAACCUGAAACUUCAAGCCUUGCUUCAAACCUUACCAUGUCAGAGGAAAUUAUGACAUGCACCGAUUACAUCCCUCGCUCAUCCAAUGAUUAUACCUCACAAAUGUAUUCUGCAAAACCUUAUGCACAUAUCCUCUCAGUUCCUGUUUCGGAUACUGCUUAUCCUGGGCAGACUCAAUACCAGACACUACAGCAGUCUCAACCAUAUGCUGUCUACCCUCAGGCAACCCAAACGUAUGGACUACCUCCUUUUGGUGCAUUGUGGCCAGGUAUGAAACCUGAAAGUGGUUUAAUUCAGACUCCAUCUCCAAGUCAACACAGUGUUCUUACCUGCACUACAGGGUUAACCACAAGCCAGCCAAGCCCAGCACAUUAUUCUUAUCCCAUUCAAGCUUCAAGCACAAAUGCCAGCCUGAUAUCCACUUCAUCUACAAUUGCCAAUAUUCCAGCAGCAGCAGUGUCCAGCAUCUCAAACCAGGACUAUCCCACCUAUACUAUCCUUGGUCAGAGUCAGUACCAGGCCUGUUAUCCCAGCUCCAGCUUUGGAGUCACAGGCCAAACUAACAGUGAUGCCGAAAGUACCACAUUAGCAGCAACCACAUACCAGACAGAGAAGCCUGGUGUCAUGGUACCUACACCUACAGCACAGAGACUUUCCUCUGGAGACCCUUCUACAAGCCCAUCUUUGUCCCAGACUACACCAAGUAAAGAUGCUGAUGACCAAUCCAGGAAAAACAUGACUGGAAAGAACCGGGGCAAGCGGAAAGCUGAUGCCAGCUCUUCCCAGGACAGUGAAUUGGAACGGGUAUUUCUGUGGGACUUGGAUGAAACCAUCAUCAUCUUUCACUCCCUUCUUACUGGAUCCUAUGCCCAGAAGUAUGGAAAGGACCCAACAGUAGUGAUUGGCUCUGGUUUAACUAUGGAAGAAAUGAUUUUUGAAGUGGCUGAUACACAUCUGUUUUUCAAUGACUUAGAGGAGUGUGACCAGGUGCAUGUGGAAGAUGUGGCUUCUGAUGACAAUGGUCAAGACUUAAGCAACUACAGUUUCUCAACAGAUGGUUUCAGUGGCUCCGGAGGCAGUGGCAGCCAUGGUUCCUCUGUGGGUGUACAGGGAGGUGUGGAUUGGAUGAGAAAACUGGCUUUCCGUUACCGAAAAGUGAGAGAAAUCUAUGAUAAGCAUAAAAGCAACGUGGGUGGCCUUCUCAGUCCCCAGAGAAAGGAAGCACUGCAGAGACUAAGAGCAGAAAUUGAAGUUUUAACAGAUUCCUGGUUAGGUACUGCAUUAAAGUCCUUACUUCUCAUCAAGUCCAGGAAAAAUUGUGUGAAUGUUCUGAUCACUACAACCCAGCUGGUUCCAGCUCUGGCCAAGGUUCUCCUAUAUGGACUCGGAGAAAUAUUUCCUAUUGAAAACAUCUAUAGUGCUACCAAAAUUGGUAAAGAGAGCUGCUUUGAGAGAAUUGUGUCAAGGUUUGGAAAGAAAGUCACAUAUGUAGUGAUUGGAGAUGGACGAGAUGAAGAAAUUGCAGCCAAACAGCACAACAUGCCUUUCUGGAGAAUCACAAACCAUGGAGACCUAGUAUCCCUCCACCAGGCUUUGGAGCUUGAUUUUCUCUAAGAACUGGAAUGAAGAGCCUUUCCCAUGAGCUGCUUUUCACUCCUGAAAGGAGCUGGAGACCGGAACCAACUGGGAACUCUCUCUCCAUGGAAUGCUGGCGAGAACACAAUCAGAACCAACAGCUGCAAGGGAUGAAGCUUAUUUUUGUUAAGUGUGAGCUGCAGCCCCCAUGUUCAUCCUCAUGCAGAAGCAGGAGACAACUGGAUUGAAAGAAGAAUAGACUCGAAGAAUAGACUCACUGCAGCUAAAGUGCUUUUAAUUCUUCUGUUUUUUGUUUUGUUUAUUUUGUUUCAAAAAAUGAAGAAAAGAAAAAAAAAAAAGGAAAUUCUUGGGGCAGAGUUGCACUCUUCGUCCAUGACCUGAUUGAGAACUGCUGUUAACUUGUGGUGAUAGGAUAAACGUGGCAGACUUUUGUAAUAACAUCUCUUGCGGUCUUUAUAAUCUUAGCUGUAGAACAUAUUCCCAGUGAAUGUAUAUGUAAUUUUUAUAGGUAAGAGUCUGGUCUCUGAAGCAGGUUUUCCCUCCUUUCUUUUUCUAGCGAGAAAGGGGUGUGUAAAGUUUCCUUGGAAAAUAGUAAUUGAAAUAUCUAAAAUACCUCUCUGUGACAGUAGCACCUCUUUAGCUGCUCCAGUGGUCUGCUCUCUAGGAUGGUUUCUCUCCUGUUCUUCCAUCUCCUAGUUUGCUGAACUGUGGGGCACUGGACACUGAUUAACUUUAGACUUUGGUAUUUCCCAUCCUAGAAGCCUUAGUCCCCUUUCCAGUCCCUCUUCCCCUUUAACCAAAUGCCGCAAUCCUGGAAACUCCUUCUCCUAGACAGUAAAUGCUAAGCCUUCAGCUUGACUUUUAUUCAAAGACUAUGCCCCGAGGUCUUACCUCUAAACUGGAGAGAAGGAACUAAGGCUUCUUGUGAAUUUCCACUUCUUUGGUUCUUGAAGCAGGAAGAUUCCACCUUCUCCUUCUGCAGAGAAUCACUCCUUUCCCAAAAGAUGCUCACUCCUACAGCCUUCUCUUCCUUCUUAGUCAUCAGUGUAAGCUCCUGUCCCUUUCCUGCCCUGCGUAUGUCACAGCCCCCUCCAUGCAGCUCUGGCCAAUCCCUAGGCUUUGGACCCAAGAAGUCAAAUUAAGUCUAAGAACAGGCUCAUAACUACAUAUUGGCCAAAACUACCAUUGUAGUUGACUUACUUGGAAGCUGUUAAGCCCUAUGGAAGGUAUUCUGGGCAUAUAUUUACCCAGGUCUCUCUGAAACCGAAGAGGAGAUUGCUGUGAUCAAAACCCAAUUUCCCCAUGGUAUACUCUUCCCACUUCUCAAAUCUCAUUCUAAAAUGGAAAGCCAAAAGCCAGAAAGACUUUUCUGUUUAAAAUGAAGUUGCUUCACCCCCUACUCCAUGCCUGGAAACUUAAUCCUGAGCCAAAUGCAGGAACAUCUAUCUCCCUAGAGCUAAGGAAGUCCAGUCUCUACCUGGCUGAAAAGAGGGAUACUUAUCUAAGCACCUCAGAGAAAUGUAGUCUGGGAGGCAUCCUUGACCAACCCCAGCUAUACUUGCUUGUCCCUAGAGAGAUUGCAUAUUCAUGUCCAGAGAUGUUGCGGCACAAAGAGGCCAGACUCCUCCCAAGGCCAGGUCACUCAUAUGGCAGAGAAAGGCUGUUUAUACACAUUCCUUCAGAACUGAUUGAGAAACUGCUUCAUGACACAAUUUUAGGGAAGAGGUCUUUGGAGAGGAGCUGAAGUCAGUGCUCAUUACUUAGCUGCUUCCUUGGCCUUGUUUCCACUGGCAGGGUGGGGUCGUGGGUUGUGUAGUAUGAGUCAGACCUUGCCUUGGUCUGAGUUCAAUACAGUUGCCCAGAUGCUGCUCUGCCUUGCUUGAUAAUUGAUCUUAGAAAGCUCUAUGGUGGUUCUUUUCUUUCAGGCCCCAAGCCCUCCACCUAUCAGGAGUAUAAUUUUUGGUUUCCUGACCUGGACAUAGGCCACCCAGUUAGUACUGCGCUUCAGGCUUGUGAGACUAUGGAGUGGUACCCCACUUCAUGUACCCAGGUUCACACACAAACCCCUCCCUCUCUCUGUUCUUUGGGAGAAGGUCUUUAUUCCUAGAAUAUGACUUGGGCCCCCUUUUCAAUGGCCUUUUCUCUCCUGCCCUGACUGCCCAGCCUAGAUCUUUGCAAAAGCAACUUGAAAUUGACCAAGAGAGGUGUGAAACUCUCUGAGCAGAGCAGCCUUCGCUCUUUUCUGGUUGUUGCCACCCUUGUUAAGAGGGCAGGCAGAAAAUGGGACCUGGCUCCUCUUGCCAAAAUGAAUUGUCCAGGGAACACAGUGCUCUUCAUUUACCCUGUGUUUUCCUCCUCCCCAGCACAAAGAUCUGGAAAGGAAAAUAAGUGGGUAGCACCAAGAGCUCUUGGAAGUUGAGUGCCCAAGGACACUGGGGGCUCUUUUGUCAAGGUGGAAACCCUCUUUACUAGAAAGAGUCCUGGUCAGAUUAGCCACAUGAUGAAUCCUUCCUCCAGCUGGAGACUGGGUUCUGGAAGAUGGGCCUGCACAUUUUGUGGUGAAGACUGUCUAGUAAGGGAUCUGGAGUUGUCAAAUGUGUCCUGGGUUUAAGAGGUGGCUUGACUCUCGAAUGUAAAACUGACUGUGCCUUAGCAUCACCCUGUCCAGUGCCCCUGGGACAGCUGGUGGUGUCCAGGAGAAUGGAUUCCUGCUCCAGAUUUAGACGCUUUUAUUUGGUUUGGGGUGUUCCUGUCUUCUGCUCUGCAAGUUGGGGGAGGGGCAAAGCUGGUGUCCCAGGAGACUUGUGCCACAGCUUGUUCGCAGUUUACACAAACUCAGCUUUAAAGCUCCCAAGUAGAAUCUGACUGGCAAACUCCAGCUGCAGCAUAUGGAGCUUCUAGAGGUCCACUCCCUUGAAUGGGUGUCAGUGCCCCUGAAGCAUGGGGGAGAGGAGAGUGCAGAGCCAUUCUCCCUCUUCCUGGGAGAGAGAUGGUCUAAGCCAGGGGUGGUGAGCUUGGGGUGUUCCUCUCCUCGAUCCUACAGGAAGGGGCAAGUAGGACUCCUCUUAAGCUAGCUCUGUUUCUUACCACUAGAUAGGUUUCCUUUUCUAUCCAAAAGUUGGAACUCCCCAGAUUUACACUAUACAAGCCAAAUCAUUGAUUUUUAGAAAGGGAGAGAAACGUCGAUCAGCUGCCCCCUGCACGCCCCCUACUGGGAAUCGAGCCCACAACCUGGGUAUGUGCCCUGACCUCUCAGUGCAUGGGAUUCUGCUCAACCAACAGCCACACCAGCCAGGGCAGAUUCUAAAGUAUCUUAAACCACAAGAGAGAAAAUCUGGUUCUGUUCCAUCCCAGUCAGCAGGCCCUCUGUCCCUUCCUCUCCUCUGAGUCGGACAGCUCUAGCAAGCAAGGCUCAUUGGUUAGUUCCUAAUGCACUGACAGGAGCCAUCCCAUUAAGGACGACUUCUCAAAACCUGACCCUCUGGAUUACAGAUGCCUCGUUUAGCAGUAAAAGGCAUUGACUGAAUUGGAUAUAUUUAUGUGACUGCGGGCAUUCGUGGCUAUAGAGUCUUUGACCAUAAUGUUAUAUGUAAUGGGAAUUAUCUUGUAAACUUGAAAAAAAUAAAGUUUUUAUUUUCUA